GUGGACCCGAGAGUUUAUCGUCAGUGGUUGGAUACUCGGGAGGAGGUGGAACCAGAGCCGAAGCCGAAAUCAAGUAAGUCUUCCAUUCCGACCACACCCUUGAGCGGAGCUAGUAUGGUCAACCACCAUCCGUCUAUUACCUUCGACUCCUUCAAGAAAGCGGAAGAAUUAGGGAAGCAGGCCGCACAGCUUGACGGCGAUACUGGGGUGAGGACGCAGGCUUGGAUAUUUAAUAAUGCCUUCACCGGGGAUCGAACCUGCGCACUGACCGUCUCCAUUUUUAGACUCCAGCCAGUGGACGGCGGAAGCGUAAUUCAGUGA